AUGCAAAAAGUUAAAAUAGCUAAGUGCUCGGUCGGUGCGUUUACGUCGCUCGUGGAGAACAGGAUGAUGAACGGUAACAAGGGCGACUCGACCGUCGAACUCGACUCCGCGACAGAAAAUAAGAAUGGCAAACGUUUCGUAAAAGAAAAAACGGUGCGAAAGAUCAAAUCGAUCGCCGGUCACGUGGGCUUGCUGAUCACCUUGAUGCUCUACACUGUGAUCGGUGGACUGGUCUUCCAGCACAUCGAACGUCCGGCGGAGCUCGAGCGACUCGAGCGUUUACGCGCGCGAUUACGCACACAGCGAUACCGUUUCGUGGAGUCGGUUUCCAACAACACGGAUGUCUUCAACCUGCGCACUUUGGUGAGAACCCAUGUGAUUAAGUCGCGAGGAUCCUCCACUAUCCUCGUUCAUGUAACAAAGCGUCACGCGUCGUUCCAGGUGAGCGUGAAGCUGCGCGCCUACGAGGAAGCGGUCCAAGAGGCGGCAGAGGCCGGUCUCUUGGUCAGUUUCGUCACGGACACCGUUGAUCAGGAUGAUCGCGGGAGAUCGGACCUGCCACCCAUCGUCACGGAACGAUGGAGCAAUCUGCAAGCGGUUUUCUUCGCGAGCACUGUGCUCACGACGAUUGGAUACGGCAACGUGGUGCCCUCGACCAACUGGGGGAGGAUCUUCUGCAUCCUCUUUGCCUUCAUCGGAAUACCCCUCACCCUGAUCGUGAUCGCCGAUUGGGGUAAGCUGUUCGCAGAGGCGGUGGUGCAUGUCGCUCUGGUGGUAAAGUCAAAGCUGCCGUUUCUCACCAAACUGCCGUACAUCCCGAUGAACGUGACCGGUCGCCGAUCGCUCGGCGCCUGCGCUGCCAUUGUACUGCUCUUCCUGUAUCUUGCUUGCGGCGCCGGUAUGUUCAUGCUGUGGGAGGACGACUGGGACUUCUUCGACGGGUUUUACUUCUGCUUCGUAACCAUGACCACCAUAGGCUUCGGCGAUCUCGUGCCGAACAAGCCCAAGUACACUUUACUGUGCACUUUGUACAUCCUGGUCGGCUUGGCGCUGACUGGUACGAUCAUCGAGCUCGUCAGACGACAAUACGCGCAGUCCUGGAGGAGGCUGCAAAGACUGAGCGGUCCGUUGGCUGAGACUCUUAGGAAACUCGGCGAACAAGCGGGUGGCGACAUGUCCGCGCUUCACUCUGAUUUGAGGAAAGUGCUGACCGUUAUAUCAAUGCCGCGUUUAAGAUGGUCCGCGUCCAUCGACCGGGGCGUCUCGAAGGAUCAGGAUUGGGAGGAAGCCGUGGAGGCGGUGUUGCGCGACAUCGCCGCGGCCGCAUCGCCGAGGAAGCAGAUCGUGCAAGUCGUCAUUUACGAAUCGAGCGUUUGAGUAUGCUCCAGCAUACUCAAGAUUCCUACGUAACAAACUACGAGCGAGGGGAGCAGCAAUCCUUCCUAUCAAUUGCGGAACACGUCCCUCGC